GAGAAGAAAAUAACAAUGCCAUGAUUUUGCAAUGACUAAUGUGGGGCACAAACAGGGCAAAUAGUUACGCAGCCAAAAACUCAUGUUUCUUGAUUCGAAUCAGGAAAUUGAUGAACAAAUCUAAGAAGUAGACUCUCUGGGGAUUUUUCACAACUAUCUUACAGUAUAUCACACACAACAUAUUCCAUAAAAUCAAAAGGGGAACUAAGUAAUGGCUGUUUCUGGCUACAUACAAGUCAUGGCACAGCAAUCUAUUAGCUGAUUGUACAGCUACGCACGUGAUACGCACCUUUCCCAUCUUGUAUAACAGGUUUUUUUCAUUUCUCUAACACAAAAAAACAAAACAUGCUAAACUAAUGGGACAGAACCAUGUGUUUUCUGGAGUUACAAUUCAUAGUCUGAAGACCUGGGGGGUCCAAAAUCCUCAAUUGCCCUUGACACUAAAAAGUCCUGGUCAUUUUCUAAUUAAUAUUUAACAUGGGGCAGGGGAAGGAGCAGUAACUGUUGCUCCCCCACGCUAUUAGUCUUUAUCUCCCCUAGAAUCAAAGACAAGGUCCCAUCUUCAAAGAUCAUAGGUCAAAUCUGAGCUUCAGGAUACAUACUGUAACUCUGACUAAAACACCAGUAAUUAUACUACUGUCACCAUUGAUAAAAAGUGCUCAAACUAAAAAGCUGAUAAUUAUAGUCUUUAAAUUGUAAUAGUUCUAGUUAUCGUACAACACAUUUUCUGUGUCAGAAACUCUUUGCUACAGAAUUUUCUCAUUCAGAAUUUAUAAAUAUAAAACAACACAAAAAUAAAUGGAUAAGUACAUAAUUUGUUUUUUUUACAUAAAAUGUAACAGCUGAUACUUCAAAGGAAAUAGUUUAUAUAAAUGGCAAACCCUUUCAGAAUCAUAAUGCUCUGAAUGGGAGAUUGUGCUGUUAAAUUGACUCUGAAGAGCCUGGAGAAAUUAAAUAGGCAGCUAGUUUGUGAAACUGCAUUCCAGAUCAUUUUUUAAUACUUCCAUAAAAUUGAUGCUUCUUCUUAAAGCAGGAAGGCAAAGCUGUUUAACCCAAGGGCUAUAGUCCCUUAUAGACAACAUUGGAAAAAAAAUUCAGAAACAUACAGCGCACAUUUCCUUGAAGAAAUUUCAUUAAGUCACUACAUAUUUAUCAGAUGGCCUCAUGAAUUGCACCAUAACGCCUUGCACUCAGUAUGUAGUAGGAGGUGUGGCUGUGGACUGGAAGAACCACAUUCUCCUCCACUUCCUGCUCUAUAUGCAUGAAGGUGCUACAAAUAUUUACUUUGGGGGGUGAAGUGGAGGGUAUAGACCCCAAAAUGGUUUAGAAAGUGUAUGGAGAGGCCAAGGCUGAAGAAAUAUCCGAACACGUGCGCAUCAAAGAAAAGUAACGCUGUCGGGACAGAAAGACUCCGUAAGAUAGCAAGCAGAUACCUGGCUUUGGUUCCAACUCAGCGUUUCACUCGUACCUGACAACAAGAGCUAAAAAACAUACUCUCUGCACUUCGAAAAUAGUCAAUGGAAUUGCAUGGAAGCCAGGGACUAGGAAGAAUCUGACAGCAUUUCUGUGUGUAAAAGAGCGCCUGGAAAUCCAGAACAAUGAAGGACCGACUGGAGGAGCUGCAGAAGACAAUAGAUGCCCAAGAGGAAAACAAGGAUGACGACAACCCCUGCACGGAUGAGGAGGAGGAGGAUGAUGUGCCCAUCACUUCAGAGGCAGUGAUCUUUGAGAAGGAGCCAGUGCUGGAAAUCUUCCUCCGACAGGCACAACACAUCCGAGGGGACAUUUACCACCUGGAGGCGGAGGUCAACAAGUUCAGCCAGGAGCAGAAGACCCUGACGGCUGUUAUGCGGAGCUUCAGCAUGAUGAAAAAGGAGAACAGUGUCACUUUGGACAUCAAACUGCAGGCAGAGAGUAUCUACAAGCAGCUGGACACCCUGCUCAAGCAAGUGAAGCAAACAGAAGCAAAGAGCAACCCGUCAGGAACUGCAACCCGCAUCCAGCGUUCCCAGCAUGCCAUGCUCCUGCGCCACUUCCAGCAAGUCACAUGUCAAUAUAAUGAGACUCUAAUGAGCAGGCAAGAAAAGUGCAAGACGUUCAUCAUCCGUCAACUGGAGAUUUCUGGCCAGGAAACAUCAGAGGAGGAAGUGGACGAGAUGGUGGAGAAGGGCAGGUGGAAGGUUUUCAGCGAGAACUUCCUGGAUGAGGCUAAGGUUACCCGUACGCAGCUCUGUGAAAUAGAGAGGCGCCACAAGGAGCUCAUUUGCCUGGAGAGCAGCAUGAAGGACCUGCAUGACCUCUUCAUGGACAUAGGCCUGUUGGUGCAGGAGCAGGGGGAACACAUCGAGAACAUCCAGGCCCAAGUGGAGAAGACACAAAACUUCACGGCGAGCAUCAAGGAGAAUAUCAAAAAAGCAGCUAGGUACAAAAAGGAGAACCCCUUCAAGGGAAUAUGCUGCUUCUGUUGUCGCAAUUGUGCGAACUGAGCUCAGCCAAUCGCAUGCGAAGGAUUCAGUGUUUUUGGGCUCACUGCAGUAGCAAUGCAGUAGUUAAGACAACACAACUUGCGCAUAAUGACUGCCCCCCCCCCCCAACACCAAAGAGCACACAAAGGACCUUCCCUUCCAUCUGGCCAAGAUAAAGGCCAAGGGCACGAUGAACUUUAACAGCACAUCACAUCAGCAAGAUGACUGAUGUGGACUGAGAACCCUGUGGGGCACCAAACGUUCUCACCUGUUACAUGAAACUAUGGACAUUUUUAAACAUGAAAUGAGGCCCAUUAUUCAUAAUUAUAAGCACCGACCUUCACGGCAUAUUUAUUUAUAAAGUACACUGUAACUGUUAACUCUAAACAUAACGAUGAACCAUUUAUGUACAAAAAAUUGUACUUUAUUCAUUCUAAUAAAUACAGUCAACAUAUAAGGCAGUUUGUGCAUGAUAUGCUAGGAUGCUAUUUAACCUAUUUUUUUAUACAUUAAAUGCUGAAGAAAAUCAUUCCACCCAACAGGCUUUUUUAAUGACAUGCGACACAGUCGAUGUCAGGAUUAGUUCAAACACUUGCACAUCUAAUACUUACUAUUGUAAAGGCUGUAUUUGAACAAUCUGACUUUAAUUCACAGGCUGCCAUUUCAACAGUUUUUACCCUUACUUCAGGGCAGCACACAGUAAUAACAGACAUAGCCCGAAAAUGGUGUCAUUCUCAUGCUAAGGCAUUUCCCUGCCAUACCUGCAGGUCUGUCCGCUGUGCAGUGCUUGAGGCAGACACUUGUGUUAAGUGCCUACAUUAGGCCAGGAGUGGGCUUCUCAGAAAUGGUCUAACCCCAUUAACCCAGCAUGGGGGGGCUUUAUAAGUGCCUAGCUGGACACCAUGCCCAGCACGCGCCCAUCAGCGGGAAGGAUGGAGGCAGUAUCGCUCAGACAAACUGGAGACGAUUCUUUGAUGAGGAUGACGGGCAGAGGAAGAGUGUGUCUUGUGCCAAGUGCUUACA